UUUUCAAAGGUUAAAAUCAUGAAAUAAAAUAUACAUAAAAUAUAUAUACAUAUAAAGGUCUAAUAAUGAAGAAAUUCAAACGGAGAAGUGUCAACAGUUUUCAGUUUGCUCAAAAGACUGAUCCUCAAAAUGCUGAAGAAGCUCCUCCACUGGAUUUAUCACGAGAUGUAGCCGAAAACAUGAAAUACCUUCUUACAGAAAUCACAAGAAAAGAUCACAUGACUACUUCAAGAAGAAUGGGUUUUCUCAAUAACUUUUCUCAGUUUGUUCGUUGUGUACCUUCAACUUCAAAUUUUGGUUUUACUUUUGAUCAGAUAUCAGCUUGUUUGAGGGUUGCACUAAUAAGUCCAGCUAUGCAAGUUCGAGCAGCAUGUUUUAGAGCAUUUAGACAUCUGCUUAUUGAUGCUGAAAGUUUGAAAAUUUUUCUUCAACAGAGGCUUGAUAUUUUCAUAAUAAGAACACUGGAUACCCUUGCUAAAAAAGAUGAUUCAGAACGUGUCCAAGCAUUAAGGCUAAUUAGAAAGAUAGUUUAUCUAUGUCCAGAGUCCUUUCCAAUAUCAUUAGGAAUGUCUUUAGCUGCUAUUUGUUGUGAUAUGUCAGCUGAAAAAGAUCAUAUGUCAAGACCAUGUCUUGCAACGUUAUGUGAAUUAGCUGUUUCAAAUAUUGCUGUAGCUUCAUAUUGUGGUGUGGUUCAUGCAGUUAUUUUAAAUACUUUGGAUUGUACUUUUCCUAGAAUGAAUGAAGCACUCAUCAGUACAGUUUUGUUUCUACUUAAUCACCCUCACUAUAGAUGCUAUGUAAGAAAAAACUACGGACUUGAGGCAGUGCUGGCUCCAUUUACUGAUAUUUACUACAGAUAUAACGCAGAAAUUCCUGAAAAUUUGCUUAAAGAUGAUCAAAUCAAUCGCAUGAGUAGUGCAUCAUUAGCUUUAAUUGCCAUCAUCAAAUCUUGGUCAGGAUUUAUCUAUAUCUGCAACCCUGAAUGCAAUACUAUUGAAACUUUAUUUGGAGUUUUUCGACUUCCUCAUACUGAAAUAAGGAAAGUGAUGAUUGAUAUGUUUUUUGAAAUAUUUUGUUUGUGCAAGCCAGUUUGGACAAAUCAUUUUACAGAAGCUCUUUUGAGUGUUGACCCUUCCAGUCCUCAAGACUCAUGGAGUCUGACUGAAGAUUUUGUUGUAGCUGAGGCUGAAGUCAUUUUACCUCAUCUAGCAAAACAAAAAAGAGUGAAUCUGAUUGAAAGCUAUUUGUCUUUAAUGUUGCACACAUUUUUUGAUGCUGGAAUUUUAGAUAGUUUAGUUAGUGUAGUUACAACAAGCGAUGAUUAUAUUUGUAUAAGAGGAUGUAUUCUUCUCGGAGAGUUACUUUAUAUGGCUAAUAUAUUGAUGCCACCUUCAUUCUCUAGCCAUUCCAACUGUCUUCCUUCACUUAUGGCAGCACUCGCUGCUAAUAAUGAAAAGUCUCCAGAAGAGAGAGGAAAAGCAAGUGCAGCUGUAGGUUAUCUCCAUCAGUUGCACCAAAUGAAGAUGCUAAAACCUCAAUCUAAUAGUUUGUUCAUGCGUGAAAUUGUUGCUCAGUUUAAGAACAGUACAAAAACCAAGACACUUGAGUAUCAAAUAUCUUCACGAGAUACAGAUGAUGUCUUAACAGCCAUUCGUGAUACUCAAGUGACAACAUUACCUGAAGAAGAAUUUGAACAAUGGAAUUGGAAUCUAAUAAGUGCACUGUUAGAUUCUUCUAAAAUGACCAUCAAAAAGCCUGAUGAACCUCUUUACCUAAGGUUUAUAAGAAAACUAUUCAUGUUCUACAAGCCUGAUAAGAAAUUGUAUUGUAUGAUAAAGCAAGAUCCAGAAAACCAAAAAUAUACAGAUGUUGCGUUACAACUUACUGAUUUUCUUAUGCAGCCAUCAGAACAACCAGAGGGUGAAAAACUAAUGUUAGAGUUUCUUCAAGAUAUUACUGAAUCUUUAGCAGAGGCUGUCCAUCCUGGCAUUGUAAAUGGAAUCUUUGGCAAAUCCAGUUUGACAGACACUCUUUCAUCUGGUUAUAUUUUGAUAAUUGGGAGGUUUACCUCGACUAUGAAUGGAUGGAUUACUCUUAAUAAAACACAAUCUUUAAUUCCUCACCUUUUUGAAAUAUGUUCAAUGCAUUCUCGAGAGUAUUUGAUCAAAUUAAUUAUAUCAAGCUUGAACUAUCAAGAUACUAUUUCAAAAAUUAUCCUCACGAAAGUUUUAGUUGGUCGCAGCACUUCAUCAAGAUUAUUUGCCACAAAGUUUAUGAGGGUGUUAUUGUCAGCUGGUACUUCGGCACAAUUUAAUAAUUGGGGUAUUGAAAGGUUAUCCUUUCAGCUUUAUGACUAUGAUCCUGAGGUAGUUGAAGCAGCAUUCAGUGUUUUAGAAGAAGUAUGCGAGGACACGGCAAAUCUUAGGAAGCUUGUUGAAAUAAAACCUUGUUUAAUGCAUUUAGGAGGACAAGGAGUUAGACUGUUUUCACGUUAUGUCUCUGAGGUUGUUGGAUAUGAAUAUUUAAAAGAGAAAAACUAUCUUGACACUAUGGUUAGAUCAUGGGCUACAGAAUACACCAGAGAGUAUGUUAAUUGGAUAGAAAUAGAAAUUGCAAAAUCUCUAAGUACAUUUGAACCGCAGUCUCAAGAUGGUCUAUAUAUUAGAAGGUCAAAUUCUAGUACUAAAAAGAAAAAAGAUGUGUACAUAUUGCCCCAUUUAUAUGGAGAACUUGCAGUCAAUGAUUUUGGUGUUGAUCUUAUUAUAAAGCAGAACUUGUUAACAGAUGCUGUCAAUGUUAUUGUGGAGGCUUUAACCGAUACACUCUCAGAUGUCAUUCAGUUAAAAGCGGCACUCUGGUCAAUUGGACAUAUUUCUUCACGAUGGUCUGGAAUGAAUCUCAUUUUAAAAUAUCAGCGUUCGUCAUCAAUAGGAUCAUAUGAAGCAAACGAAAAUCUGGAAGAUUUAAAGAACGAAGAUAACCAAAUGAAAAAUGAAAGGCAUGAAGAUGAUCAAAUAGAUAUUGUUGAGUUAAUUGUUAAUAUGGCUCAAAACAGCCCUGUUCUCACAGUUAGAGGAACAUGUUUUUUUGUAUUGGGAUUGAUGGCUAGCACUAACCUUGGUGCUGGUAAGCUGGAAGAUUUGGGAUGGAGCAGUGUUCGACAUCAAGGCACUGAUAUUUGGCCAGUUAUUGAGCCUGAGUACACUUACAUAAUGGAACAAGAAUUUUUUGAUGAUGAUAAGGAAAAAGAAAUCAACUGUGAAGAAGCUGAUGUUCAUGAAGAAUCAGAAACACCUUUGAUGAAUUCUGUUUAUAUGGGAGAUGAAGAUAUAAUUGAUAACCAGAUUGGAGCAAUUGAAAUUACUUAUGAAACAUUUGGCAAAAAUAAAAAAAAAAACAAAGGGUACAAUGAAACUGACGUAGAAGAGAAGAAAAAGAAAAAAAAAGGAGAAAAUAAGAAGGGGGGAGAUGUUAAGGUGUUUGCUCGCCAUUAUGAUUUAACUGAAAACAAUGAACUUCAAGAAAAACAUUACAGUAAUACAGUAGAUACAUUAAGCACAGUUAAUCUUUCUUCAGGUCUACCAAUUGAAAUGUUCACAAAUCCUGAUAAAGUAUCAAUGUCUUCUUCUAAUAAGCCAGUUUUUAGUUCAUUCGGGAUAUAUCUAGGAGAUGAUGAUACCCUUGAUGAUUCCAUUGAAGCAAAUCUUUCAUAUAAUAGUCAAAUGUAUCUGCAUGAAAAAGUUCGAAUAACAGAGAACGGGGAACAAUUAUUGCCCAUUAAGGAAGAAAAAUCUCAAGAACUUCCUACCCAAGAAAAAUUUCGAUUAAUUUUGUCGAAUGAAGAAUCUUUAAUAUUAGAUCAAAAAGUAAAAGAUGAAAAGGUGAAAGAUGAAAAAGUAAUAGAAAAAAAAGUUAAGAGAUUGCCUGAUGCAGAUAGUUCAUUAAAUAGUGAAGAUCGAACCCCAACACAAAGUCCAUGUAUGACACAAAUUCAAAAUGGCAAUGAUGUAGGUAGAUAUCGCAGUAUUAGUUUAAAUGAUCGCUCAACAAUGUCUCGUACCCAGUCUUCAUUUCGUAGUUCAAGUUUUUCAGAUAGUGUCGGUAAUUCAAUACAUUCAUAUAAAAAUGAUCGUUUGAGAACAGGGAGUGAUCCUGGUGUAGUUCAAAAUACUUACAUAAAUGAUUUUAAUAACCAAAACAAAAAUAGUUUAAGAGAUAUUAACGAAAAUAGUAGAACCAAUAUAACAAAAGUAAAUAGAGAUAAAAGUAGCUUUGCAACUGAUGAUGAUCAAGAUCGUUCAAGCAGCUUUCUUUCUGAUUCAAGUACGAAUGAUAUGCAGCUCAGAACGUCAAGAUUAAGAGAUGGUUCUGUAAUAUCGCUUGGUACAAAAGGGACUAGAGGUUUAUCAUCUACUUUUUCAGAGUCGCCAAUUUCAAUAACAUACACUCGGGAUUUAGAUAACUUAGCAUAUACUGCUUGGAGGACGUUAAAAAAACAGCGAUCAUUUAAGAGAGAUAUAGAUUUUGCAUAUCGCAAAAAUAAUAGUUUUCCAGAUAAAUGGCGACAUUCUUCAAGGAGUCUUGCAUUGCAAUACCGCCGUAAUUUAGACUUGAAUAAACAUCGCCGCUCUGUUGGACAGCUAGCACUAUUUACUUGUCGACAAAUAAGUUUUUCAACCACUUCAAAUGACCAAUCCAAUGAGCGCUCUAAAAUUCGGUAUGUUGGAAGAUGCCUACCUAUAAAUAUUAGUGACUUUUUUAAGGUAGAGAGUUACAAAUAUGAGGGUUCAUGGCCUGAGCAUUUUUAUGAGUUCUCUGCAAAACACAACAUUCAAACAUUCGACCACCAACAGUACAAACAUGUAAUUGAUAGAUGCUUAGCUUGCAGUUUGUCCGGCAAAUAUUCUCAGAGUUGUUUACAGGAAUCAGAUGAAAAUACAAUAUCUCAUAAAAAUGAAGAUGAACAGCUUAAAGGUUCUUCAAUUGUUCAUUCAAAUGUUCGUGAUGAAAUUUUAAAACAGAUUGUAAAUCUCAGCAGCGGAGUUUCUUCCAAAGUCGCACAACAAGAACUAAUUAGUCUCCGUUCUAAACAUCCAUUGGCUUUUCAGAAUCUAUGUCUUUAUUCUCAAGUUAUGGAACAUCUGGGAAUGUUUACUUACAGACUUAGCAUAAGAAGAUUUGUUCAUGCGUUAUUUGAGGGUGUUGACUUUGCACUGGUUAUCGAAACAGCCGAUCAUAUAUUAGGUCGACCUAAUUGAAUCGAGUUUUUAAGUUUUUCUUCUAAAAUAAAAACAUUAGUGUCGUAUGUGAAUUUGACUUUGAAUCAAUCUUUCAAAAUCAUAAGUUUUUUUUAUUUAUUAAAAAUUAUUUUCAUCAAUCAUUUUUGAACUUAUUUUAAAUUUCCUUUUCUAAAUUUGUUUUCAUAUUGUACGAUUUUUGAAGAUAUUUUUUUCUAUCUGCUAUGCUAUUAUUACGGUAAACGAUCAGUGUUAAAUAAGAGUCAUAUUUUAGGGUUUUUGAUUUUGUUUUUACGUUUUCGAAUGAUAUAUUUAGAAAAAAUAAGCAUUUAUAUUUGUUUAUAUAUUUAUAUAUAAACAUAGUAUUUUUUGUCAAACAUUGUACAUAAACAUUGUAUUUUUAAAUAUUAUUUUAUAUACAGACUGAAGCUGGCAAAAUUAUUUCUUUUACUUAGUCACCUUGCUUUUGUUUUUUAAUCAUAUUUUUGCACUUUUUUUUAGCUGAAUAAAUAAUUAGGGAGAUUAUGUAUCUAUACACGCUAAGUCGAUUGUGAUAAAAGUUAUAUAAGUUUUAUUUCGGUUCAGCUUAGGUCUGUUUUUUAUUUUAUUGUUUAUAAAAAAAAAGUAGAAAAGUAAUAUCUAUUUUUUUUUAUAUUUUUGUUAUAAGUUGAGUUCAAGUCAGAUUCCAGCAAA